AAAUGAAUAGGUCCUAGGCAAUAUUUGGGAACAUUGGUUCAAACGAAGUGAUACCAACAACACUUCAGAGAUCUUAAAGUGGACAACAAAAUGGACGAGACUGUGGUAUCUUGGUCGUGGAAUCAAACUGAAGUCGGCGUUGGGUACGAUAACUUUGAAUUUGUGGCUUUCAAGUCGGCGGGAAUUAAAUUUCCGAGUUUGAAGUACUUUAUGCCUUCUAGCCUUGAGACACUAUUCUGUGCAAGUAUGGUUUUGUAUGUAGAUCGCAACGUGCAGUAUUAUAAGAUGGAUGCCAAUCAUGCUCAAUCAAUUUCAUGUGUAAAUGUUUUAUGAAGUACUAGAUUUGCAUGAAAUUUUUGAUAGCCUUCAUCGCCUCUGAUUUUCUAUGUCUUAAGCACUACCUAAAUGAUCGUGUCACUCUUGAUAGUAUGUUUAAUUCUGAAAAAGAUUGGUCCAAGAGGCAGCAAAGUAAGUCUUCUUCUGACUCAAUUUCCCACCAAGAUGAAAGACGAGAGUAAGAUUUAAAAGUUC